CCCCCGCCGCCUGCGGAGGUGAUUCACACCGCUCUCGUGCCAUUUACCACCGGUGCACGUGCAGACUGAGGACCAUGAGCUGCACCGGACACAGCUGACGGACCGAGAGUGAGUACCGUCGAGCUGAACGGAAGCUUUUAUUAGCAUGCAAACCAUUAAAACACAUUUGACUAUUAACGUCUUCGGACGUCGUGGAAGUUUCAGGUAGUCACGUGUUCAUUUCUCAGGGUAAACGUCAACCUCAGUCGCGCGGCUGCAGCGAAGACCUCGUGAGCCUAACGGUCGAGGAGCAUUUUAAUACCUCCAUACAUAAGCAUUGUGUGUUGUUAACCAGCGCGCAGGCGCCGUGUGAAGCCUACGUCAUUUACGUGAAGACAUAAGAAAAAGCGAAAACCAGAACUAAUUGUGCUUCUUUGCAAGUCUACAUCAGUGCGUGUGUGUUUGAGGGCAGAUUCCUGUAAUUCCAGCAGCAGUGAAGUGAAAGGCAUUAGGAGAGGAUCAGAUCACCGUGUUAUUGUACUUGUUGCUUCGGCUCAACUCACUACAGAAAUGAAGCAACAGAAGGGAAACUCCUGCUCAAACGUCAAAUAGAAGGCACAUUUUUCAGGAAACCUUAUCCUCUCGAUGUUCUUGUAAUAGCAGAUCACGGAAAGUCCAUGUAGCAGCUGAGAGUCGUGAUCAACGUCAGAGGAGGAGCUUCAGUACAGUUGUCUGUGUGUGGAUCCUUCUGCGUACGAGUAGAUCUCUCUGAGACAUGACUAAUGUCCGGCCCAAAGCAGAGGGACAGAGCGAUGAAGACGAGGUCCCGGAUGGAGGGUGGGGAUGGGUGCUGGUCGGCGCCCUGUUCGUCAGCACCAGCCUCGUGUUCGGCCUGAUGCGGAGCCUGGGGAUCUUCUUCGUGGAGUUCGUCCAGUACUUCGAGGAGAGCGCUCAGGCCAUCUCCUGGAUCUCGUCCACGGGCCUGGCAGCGCAGCAGUUCUUCAGUCCGCUGGCUGCAGCACUAUGCAAUGCUUACGAUGCCCGGGUGGUGGUGAUGACGGGGGGCUGUCUUGCUGGACUCGGCCUCAUACUUGCCUCCCAGGCCACCUGUCUCGUUCACCUCUACCUCACCAUGGGUUUGAUUUCCGGUCUGGGCUGGGGUCUGGUCUUCACUCCCAUGGUGGCCACAGUCAUGGCCAACUUCACUCGCCGCCGCGCCCUGGUGCUGGGAGUGGGUUUCUCCAGCAUCGGCCUCUCCUCCUUCGCUUUCAACCCGCUCUUCCAGCUGCUGGUGGAGACGUAUGCCUGGCGAGGGGCCCUCCUGAUUCUGGGGGCCCUCAGCCUCAACAUCGUGCCCUGCGGGGCUCUCAUCCGCCCACGGCGACGCUCUAAAGCCCCGGCGAAGGCGGAUUCAGAGAGCGGGUCGUCCUGCGCUGCAGUGCUGCGGCGAGUCUCGUCCUACCUGGAGCUGUCGCUGCUCUUGCAGAGGCCGUACGUCACCUACACGCUGGCCGUCACUCUCCUCAACGUCGGCUACUUCGUGCCUUACUUCCACCUGGUGGCCCACAGCCGGCAAGCCGGCUUUUCGGAGUACCAGGCCGCUUUUGUCAUGUCAGCCGCCGGCGCCACAGACAUUUUGGGCCGCGUGGUGUCAGGCUGGUUCUCGGACCUGGGCCACUAUCGGCCCCUUCACUUGCUGAGCGUGUGGACGGUGCUGGCGGGGGUGUUCAUCAUUUUGCUGCCCGUGAGCUCCUCGGCCGGCUCCUACGCCGCGCUGAUGGCGAUCAGCCUCUUGUACGGCUUCUGCUCCGGGGCGCUGACCUCGCUGGUCUUCGCGGUGGUGCCGAUGAUCGUGGGCGUGGACCGCGUGAUGGGGGCCCUCGGGCUGCUGCAGCUCAUCGAGAGCGGCGCCGGGCUUCUGGGGACACCGCUGUCAGGGUUGCUCAAGGACAUCACAGGCAACUACAUGGCUUCCUUCGUGGUCGCGGGCGGUUUCCUCGUUCUCGGCUCUUUGACCAUCACCACUCUGCCUCACUACUUCUCCUGCAAAGAGCCGCCGCCGCCUCAGACGUUCACUUGACGAGAAAGAUAAGGGUUUACAUCCAGAGUUGGAACAGAUGCAUAGUUCGCCCUCUGACACCAAUCACAGAGGAGUUAAUGAAGUAUCCAGUA